AUGUCCUACAACCGCUACGUGGCCAUCUGCAAGCCCCUGCACUAUGGGACCCUCCUGGGCAGCAGAGCUUGUGUCCACAUGGCAGCAGCUGCCUGGGGCACUGGGUUUCUCAGUGCUCUGCUGCACACAGCCAAUACAUUUUCACUGCCCCUGUGCCGAGGCAAUGCUGUGGAGCAGUUCUUCUGUGAAAUCCCCCAGAUCCUCAAGCUCUCCUGCUCACACUCCUACCUCAGGGAAGUUGGGCUUCUUGUGGUUGGCGUCCUGAUUGUUGUUGGCUGUUUUGUUUUCAUUGUGGGGUCCUAUGUGCAGAUCUUCAGGGCCGUGCUGAGGAUGCCCUCUGAGCAGGGACGCCACAAAGCCUUUUCCACGUGCCUCCCUCACUCGGCCGUGCUUUCCCUCUUUGUCAACACUUCUGUCUUUGCCUGCCUGAAGCCCCCUUCCAUCUCCUCCCCAUCCCUGGAUCUGGUGGUGUCAGUGCUGUACUCGGUGGUGCCUCCAGCAGUGAACCCCCUCAUCUACAGCCUGAGGAACCGGGAGCUCAAGGAUGCUGUGAGGAAGCUGGUGACCAGAUGUGUUUCAGCAGAUAUACGCUGCUUGCUUUACCCUGGAAAGGGCUUCCAGUGUAGGUCAUGGCAGGCCAUGUCUGUCUUUCCUGCUUUACAUUUGUUUUCCUAUUUCAAUUUGUGAUGAUGUUGUCUUCAUAGAAA